UAUCAUUCAAUUAAAAAGAAAAUUGAUUCCUUCUUUCCUUCCGUCCAAUCACAAGAAGGCAAAGGAGAAAAGAGGAAGACAUGGUGACGUUAAUUGUAGCCACCACCGUAGACCCGGCUUCAAUUGGCCCAACCUCUGCUCUUCUCUCCAUGCCCGGCUGGCACCCCGGGCCCCUCCUCCAGGGAAUUCCAAGUUUUGUGAAUGAUGAAGUGAGACUAUUGAAGCAUGAUAACAGCAUUGUAAGAGAGGACCACCUGGAUAGGCGAUGGGAGGAGGUGACUGGUGAGGCUGUUGACGAGGUUAUAUUUCUCAGCAGGCACACUGCUGUUUCUAAUCGUCCCUCACUAACAAUCCAUCCCAUUGGUGUGCCCCAUUUACAAGAAGGGAAUGUCCCACCAACGGGUGGGAAGCCAGGAUGGGCUGCACCGCCUAAUCCACGCAUAGGACCGUGGCUGAGACUAUUGAAGGGUAUUGCUGAGGCACACAAUUUAACUCCUGAAUUUGAGGUUACGUUGGAAGCUACUCAUCAUGGACCAGAAACUAACUCACCCACAAUGUUCGUAGAAAUUGGUAGUACAGAAGAGUAUUGGAAGCGGCAGGAUGCUGCACAAGCGAUUGCCUUACUUGUCUGGGAAGGUCUAGGACUUGGAGGAGGAGCUGCAGUGGGAGAUUGGAAGAGGAAUGAUGGUCAAAACAAGGUUCUUCUAGGAAUUGGUGGUGGACAUUAUGUACCACGACAUAUGGAUAUAAUUGUUGUGCCACGUCACUCGAUGCUUAGGAGAUCAUAAUUGAUAUAUAUAUAUAGAUAG